ACAACCCCAGCUCCCUCAGCCUUUCUUCACAAAAGAGGAGCUCCAGCCCUCUGAUCAUCUUUGCUGCCCUUCCCUGGACACGCUCCAACAGCUCUUCAUCCUUCUCGUGCCGGGGACCCCAGACCUGGACGCAGUACUCCAGAUGGGACCCCACGAAGGCAGAGCAGAGAAUCGCAUCUCUCCCCCGCCCGCCACCCCGUGCUGACGCAGCCCAGCACGCCGCCGGCCAUCUAAAGCACCAGCACGUCACUGCCUCCCGCCGCGAAGUGCGGCGGCGCGCGGGCUGCCAGCCAAUAGCGGACGGCGCUGAGAGGAGGUCCCGCCCAGACAGCCGGCGCGGGGCGGGCGCUGCAGGGGCGGUGCGUGGGGCCGGGCCGAGAGCGGGGCGAUGGAGGCGGGCGAGGGUCGCGUGCUGUACUUCGCUUACGGCAGCAAUCUGCUGCGGGAGCGGCUGCUGCUGCGCAACCCCUCGGCGGCGCUCUGCGCCCGGGGCCGCCUGCAGGAUUUUAAGCUCACUUUUGGCCAUCAUCAAGGCAGGACAAGUUCUAUCUGGCAUGGAGGUACAGCUACCAUUGUUCAGAGCCCUGGAGACGAAGUGUGGGGAAUAGUGUGGAAAUUGAACGCUAGCAAUAUAAGUUCACUGGAUAAGCAAGAGGGAGUUGAAGAUGGCAUUUAUGUCCCAAUAGAAGUUAAUGUCCACACUGAAGAAGGAAAGGUUCUGACCUGUCGAAGCUACCAGAUGAAGGACUAUGUUUGUGGUCCUCCUUCUCCCCAGUAUAAAAAGGUUAUCUGCAUGGGUGCAAAACAGAAUGGCUUGCCAAUUGAGUAUCAGAAGAAAUUAGAAGCUAUUGAAACUAAUAACUAUGCAGGACCGGUGCCGAUCCUAGAAGAAAUUGAAGCUACUAUUAAAGCAAACAAAAUAAAUUUUGCAUAGAAUAAUUCUGUCCUUGCUUGGCCAUUCACCUUGAGUUAGAUCCUUCUCUUCACUGUGCUGACCAGCGGUUUCUUUAUUUAUCAAGAAAAGAUGAGUUUGCUGUAUAUCUGCAGUAAACUAUUAGACAUAAUUUGCAGUCUGGAGACACGCUGACAUUGACAACGUCUUCACUUUGUAUUUAUAGCUUAAGUACAUGCAGAUUUGUGAAUUAGCUUUCUGUAAUUCUUAUGCAGCUCUGCACGCAAAUUUGUGCUUUCUGUUCUGUUUACAGACCUUUAAAAGAAAAGGCCCAUUUUGCUAGCUGUUUGCAGCUCAGUUACCCUCUGAGGAAUAAGGGCUGCAGAAUCAGGCCCUUUGUUCACAAAUGUAUACACAAUUGUCAAGGUUUUCAAAGAUUUGUUAGAGUCGAGUCUACUCUGCACUCUGAAGCUAUACUGAACUUUUUUCUGUGUCGUUUCUGUUUCCAUUUAUAUAGUUAAUGAAAGAGAAAUAUUUUUAACUAUUUCCAUGUUUUAAAGUGUUAACCCGAAAGGGGACUCAGGCUUGAAAACAGCAUUUAGCAAAGGAUCUUACUCAAAGUAUAACAGCCUCCCCUUUUCUAAUAAUCAGCAUAGCUGAACUACUUAAGUACAACCAACAGAUUCUAAAUAAUCAUUUUUGGAUAAUUCUGUGCUUUUUAACUACUUCUUUAACUGUCUUGGUUUUUAUCUAGGAUUUGCUGAUUUCACUGUACUUCAGACCAAAUCUCCUGUGAAUUAAUCCUAGUGCAUCUGUGUUGUAGCUUUGUCUAUUAAACCAUAGAUGAACAGACGUUGCCUUUUUCUCACAGCACUGACAAUCCCCUACAAAACUGGUGACACUUGUAAGGUUUACAGUACUUCUACUACUUCAUAAUCUAUGGUACAUGGCAGCCCCUUGUCUGAGGAUGACAAAGGAAAACUGGCAACCUGUAUGGUGCGAAGCUACUGAACUUUGGCUUCUCUUCUGUGCCGUAAAAUAUAAUCGGUGUCACUGUGUGACAGCUUAGAUGGAAAAAAUGGAAAAGUAGCAAAUUUACCACAUCUUCUCUCUGUAUUUUUUCACUCCUGUGGACUUCUGCCAGGGAUGUGUGUAGUUGCUGUCCUGAUGUCAUGUACAACGUGAGGGCUGUUCCUAAAGCUGGGCACCACGGAUGCAGUAAAACACGGUAACUUUUUUGUAUUAGCAUUGCCUGGUCUGAGCCUGAGUACAUAAAAAUGCAGUUAUCAAACCUCCCCGUGCCUGUGCAGUGUGUUCUUUGGGAAUAUCAGUGUCACAUAUUUAAGCUAUAAAGUGGGUGAUGUGGAAGCAUAACCGAAACUUUCUUUGGCUCUUUGUACUUCUCAUGGAUGCAACUGCAGUACAGAGGGCAAAAAACGAACGGCCCAGCACCUUAAUGCCACAACCGCUGGUUUUGCUUUACCCUCACCGGGCUCCUCGGGCACUUUUGAGU